AUUUCUACCAACAUCACACUUUCCAUCGGUGCUUUGAAAGUAGAACAAUGAAGCUUCAAAUCGUUCUCCUGUCUCUUGCAGCGUUGGCGGCCGCUGAGCAAAAUAUUUACUGCGGACGGCGGCUGGCGAUGGCGUUGGCCAUGAUGUGUGACUACGAAGGUGUUGAGGAGAAACGAGGAGACAGCGCGUGGGCGUGGCUGCACAGGACACGCAUAGGUUCUGGACUAGGGCCCUGGCUGGAGCAACAGAUGAGCCCCAAUUCAGUGGAGUCCGCGCCGUGGUUGCCCCCCCACAGGGCCCGCGCCGUCAGCCGCGGUAAGCGACAAAUUGUCAUGGAGUGCUGUAUGAAGCCCUGCUCAGAAAACGAACUGUUAAGUUAUUGUUAAUGUAUCAGUGUUGAAACGAUAUGUGUUAUAUGGUAUAUUGUUAUGUUUGAAUAAAUGAUGUUGUUGAAUUUUACUGUUGUUUUUUUUUAUUACCUACUCUAUAUUUAUGUAGGUAUUUUUAUUUACGUUUUAAAACAUGACUAUGUGU